AUUUUCAGGCUUAUCAUGGGAUGUGUUUGCAGUUGUACAAUCAGCAUUCAACGGAACUUAUUGAAGAACCAAGCUAGAAGAUUAUAAUAAUAUGCAACCGCUUCAUUGUGUGUUCAUUGCAUGUUUGAUUAUUUGAUGUAGUACUGUGGUGUCUAGAGCCACCGUAAGACCCUUCCUUAUCUCAGACGCGGGACGUGUUUGUCUGUAUGAGCAAUUUCUAAAUUCAACAAGAACGUAGAUAGACAAUAAUAUGCGCUUCCAACUGCCAGAAAGGAGCGAUAGAGUGUAGUGCGUUCGCGCUUUGGUUAUUGCAAUUGUUCUAUGUAAAAGUCCAAAUUGUACGUUACUCGUGCAAGGUGCUAGGUAUUAGCGGUUAUAUUACAUUUUUUUUUGUUGAUACAGAGAAAAGAAUUUGAUUUAAAGCUGAUGUAAUUGAAAGCACUGUGAAUGAACGACCGUUGCCAUAACGUGAACUGUAUGCACAGUUAAUCCGACGUCGGAACAUGCAAGGUGCGGAAAUUAUGCAUGCAUCACCUGCACAGGAGCAGCAACCGGCAUUUACCGAACUGAGUGAAGUGGCCUCGAUCGGAAGUAACGGAUCGAUUCUAUUCGCUACGGACGAUUGGUUUGCGCCUGCCGAAUGGAUGCUUAAGGAUUCGGAACCCGUCUUUCGCCCUGACGAGUAUACUCCCUUUGGAAAGUGGAUGGAUGGUUGGGAAACGCGACGCAAACGUAUUCCCGGUCAUGAUUGGUGCGUAGUUGAACUUGGAGCCCCAACCCAGAUUGUCGGUUUUAUGAUCGACACCGCAUUUUUUACCGGCAAUUAUGUGCCACGCGUUUCCAUCCAGGGUGGCACAUUGGACGAAACGAUAAAGUGUAUGCUGCAGACAUCUAUUCCUCGCCAGGUGGAGUGUAAUGGCGAUGCAAAUAUCGGUACUGGCCGUACUAUGGAGGAGCUGGGAAUGGUGGAGUUGAUAGGAACAGAUCAUUGGGAUGUAUUGUUGCCACGUACAGAGCUAAAGCCGGGGUAUGAGCAAACUCGCAGACAGUACUUCCUCGUACCGAAAGGCAAGCAAUCAUUGGUUGUAAAUCAUUUACGCGUCAAUAUGUUUCCCGAUGGCGGGAUCGCACGUUUGCGUGUCUUCGGUACAGUGCGAUUAAACUUGAGUGACAGCAUGUCUGCAAGGAAACCUAUUGACAUGAUCGCCAUGCUGAAUGGGGGCCGUUGUAUUGGGUUCUCCAACGCGCAUUAUGGUCAUCCGCGUAAUUUGAUAAAACCCAGUACCGGCAUCAAUAUGGGCGAUGGUUGGGAGACGGCACGUCGGCUUGAUCGACCACCUGUUUUGCAGAUCGAUGAUACUGGAAUUCUACAGGUACCCGGAAGCGAAUGGGCUACCUUUCAACUGGGUGCUUCCGAUGGAUGCUGGAUAGAGCGUGUAUGUAUUGACACGAAACAUUUCAAGGGCAACUUUCCGGACAACGUCAUGGUGGAAUAUGCCAGCAAGGAUAAACCAGAUUUGUGGAUGAUGUUGAUGGAAAGGAAAAAAUUAGGUCCGAAUCGAAUGCACGAAUUCGUUGCUGCAGAUUUGUUGCCUCAAGAGAAAGCAGCCUCGUUCGUACGCAUCACCAUUGCACCGGAUGGGGGACUUUCGAGAGUUCGCAUUUUUGGAACGAUAACAAGGGACUAGGGAAACACCCUUUGGAAAAAAGUUAAUCGUUGCUCUUGGAAGGAUGGUUUAUAGAUACUGGUCAAGCUAAUAUUAGUUACGAUUUUUUUCACACACUUGCAAUGGGACUUUUGAAAAUAUGGUAACCACUAGCAGCUAUUUCUUUGGUGCAAAAUAACUCUAAACUGAGCGUGACGCUCUGAACACAUGUUCAAAUCGUUUAAAUAUUUGAUACAUAUAAGGAACUGAAAAUAAAACCACGAGAGUUUGUGUGUUUUUU